AAGUUUCCCACUUCACAGCAUAUUACCCUUCCCCGUAUGUUGCACGUUGCCACAAAUGAUGUGGCUGCGCCGGUGUGGCAGGCCUCAGGGUACAAAUGUUUUGCUAGGCUGGGAUUGACACCGCGUCAUUCUUACCACGCCUUCCUAGCUCUGCCAAUCUUCUUUUCACAGCCUCUGGGUUUAUAAGCUCCAGGCUCGACGUGCAAGUGAACGUGCAGGAGCUGCAGCCAAGAGCAGAGAUGGCAGAAGCAAACCCCAGUAACACUGCCCGUCCAAGCCCACGAAAGAAGCCCAGUUCGCAAAAUACGAAUGGUGCAAAGGAGAAGGCAGACGCUGCUCGCGAGAAAGAACGGAAGCAGGAGACAUCGAAAGCGGCGAAAAAGGCUCUGGCCGCACAGAAGAAAGCAAAAGAACUGACCCAGGCUGCGGCGGCUGCCGGUGACCCCGAUGAACGUCAAAAACUCCUCAAUCAGGCGCUGGAGAAGGAAGUCGAGGCCGAGACGUUUGGGAAGACGGCGAAAUAUCUCAAUUCCGGCACCUGGCAAGGCCUAUGUGCGGGCUGCGGCUUGGGAGGCAGUGUGGGAGUCUGGCUCGGCAUCGUCACCGGCACUCUGGUCGGCGGAGUGACCAGUCUCGUGACCGGGGGAUUGGGAGCGGGCAUUGGGGCUGGCGUCGGGGCGCUGCAUGGGCCGUGGUUCAAGGUUGGCGAGUGGAUGGGCGAAAGCAUUCGCAAGAUCACUGGAGACAUCCCGGGCUGGAAGGCGACGGAAGAGCAGAAAGGGGCGCUGGAGAAGAUGGUGAAUGGGGUGCGAGAACAGGAUCGGCCUGAUGAGGAAGAGCUUACGGUGAUGAGCGAAGAGGGUGGCAAGGUCAAGCCGGGACAAGGCUUCGUGGGGAAGCGAGAGGAAGAUGAAGGAGAAAAGGGCAUGCUGCAAGGCGGCAAAGGCGCGUUGAAAAAGGCCGUCAAUCCCAUGUCGAGCUCGGAGACCAGGGACGAGAGUGCUGCAUCGAAGAGGAAGGCGGAAGUCCAGGCUACUGCUGCUCGUCCCGACGCUCAAGCAGACCCCAAGCUUAGAGAGCAGUAUGCGAAGUUGGCGGGAACGGCAACGACUCCGGAUCCCCAGGCGACGGUUGCAAAGAACGGCGCCAGGAAACAGCCGCGGAAGCUGGAGAUCCGGUCUCAGCAAUCGAAUGCUACUUGAGAGGGCUAUCAAGAACUCGGUGAUUCAUCAACUCUACUCUUGUUGCUUCCACCGCAUCGAACAACUCGGGCAAAGACAGAUUCGAGGACUCGUCGAAGCGUGUGACGCGGCGGCAGCAACUAUAGCGGAACCGCCAUGCGCCAGGCG